CGAGUGCUGCAGCGGCAGUCGUGUCCCCUGGCAUCACCGCCACCCGAAGGAGGCAGCCCAGACACUCCGGCCGGGAAGAUGGAAGAUGAUGCCCCAAAGCAUAUCAUCCAGAUGACAGGAUUUAAGAUGGAAGAAAAGGAAGCUCUAGGCAAAUUGCUUUUAAAACUAGAUUGCACUUUUAUUAAGAGUGAGAAAUACAAAAAUUGUACACACCUUAUAGCUGAACGCCUAUGUAAGAGUGAGAAAUUUUUAGCAGCUUGUGCAGCAGGAAAGUGGGUACUAACUAAGGACUACAUAAUUCAUAGUGCCAAAAGUGGCAGAUGGCUUGAUGAAACAACUUACGAAUGGGGAUAUAAAAUUGAAAAAGAUUCCCAUUAUUCACCUCAAAUGCAAUCUGCACCCAAAAGAUGGCGUGAAGAACUGAAACGCACUGGUGCUCCAGGAGCAUUCCACAGAUGGAAAGUUGUCCUUCUUGUUAGAGCUGAUAAACGAAGUGAUUCUCUUGUAAGAGUUUUGGAGGCUGGAAAAGCAAAUGUUAUUUUACCAAAAAAUUCACCAAGUGGAAUAACUCAUGUGAUUGCCAGUAAUGCAAGAAUCAAGGCUGAGCAAGAAAAAGAUAACUUUAAGGCUCCAUUUUAUCCAAUUCAGUAUCUAGGGGAUUUUCUUUUAGAGAAAGAAAUGCAAAAUCAUGAUGAAGAUGUUAAUGUUAGUUCUAUUUGGACUGAACAUCACCAAAAAGAAGAAUUCAGAGAUUCCAGUAAAGAUUUCAAAUUUAUUAAAAUGAGAAAUGCCCUAGGAAGGCACACAUAUGGAAAUCAGAAGGACAUUAAGAAAAAGGAUGAAGAUAUUCUAAGGAGUUAUACUUUGAGGAAGAAAUGCAAAAAAGAAAAAGAAGGAGUUUCCGGGAAGGAUGUCAAACAUGACAAAAUUAAAAGUUCCUUAAGAAAGCAAAUAUAUAGAGAUCAGAAAGAAGUAAAGAAUUCUGUUUUUGCUGAUCAUGCCAAAGAAUCAAAAACCAAGGAUAUCGGAACAGAUGUGGAUAUUAUUGAAAUAAAAAAUGCCUUAAGGAAGCACAUAUAUAGAGCUCAGGCUAUCAGAUACAGCUGCAUUAGAAUAGAAAAACAAUCAGUAUACAGUGCCGAGGUUAAAAAUGCUGGAUUUCCCAGAGGUGUAUUAAAUUUAAUUGAAAGCCUCAUAGAAGGACAGUUUUUUAAAGAAGCAAUUGAGGAACUUUCCUCUUUGCAAGCACAUUAUAUCCCUCCUGUAUGCCUUCUUCAUGCUCUUCUAGAGAACGUUCUACAGGAUAACAUAGAUACGUUUCCUGGUCGAUACUUUCAUAUAUUAUCAGCUCUUCUUCACCUACAUCCUCCUUGGAAGUCCCCAGCCAUGUCAAGAUAUUACUUAGAGUUGUUUCAGUGUCCAACUUGUAUGAAAGGAGCAUGGUCUCUAAUAGAAGUGCUUAUCAGGUCUUGCCUUUUCAAUGAAGGUUUUUGUCAUCAAAUUUCGGAAAAUAUUAUUGGCUCUAAGGUGCUCCACCUGGCUCUGCUCAGAUUUUUCUUUAAUUUAGUUGAAAGUGAAGUGCGACAUCUGAGUCAAAAGUUGUAUGACUGGUCAGAUUCUCAGAGUCUGAAAAUAACAGGAAAGGCAGUUGUUUUUGAAAUCUUUUGGUCAGGAAGUGAGACCUCUGGGCUUUUGACCAAACCAUUAAAUAUGCUUUUGGAGUGGACUAUAUAUUCUCACAAGGAAAAAUGCAAGUCUAAUGAUGUCUUCAAACAUGAACUAGCUUACUUAUUGACUGGAAUUCUUGGAGCAGCAAUAGAUUAUUGGAUCUUCCUUGGUCUUAAGAUGGGUAGAAAUGUGAUGCGACACAUGUCUGAUGACUUAGGAAGUUAUGUUUCCCUCUCGUGUGAUGACUUUUCUUCACAGGAAUUAGAGAUUUUCAUUUGUUCCUUUUCCUCCUCCUGGCUUCAAAUGUUUGUUGCAGAGGCAGUGUUUAAAAAGUUGUGUUUACAGAGUUCCAUCAGUAUUUCUUCUGAGCCACUCUCUCUUCAGAAAAUGGUAUAUUCCUAUUUGCCAGCUUUGGGGAAAACUGGUGUGCAUGGGACUGGAAAGAUAUCAAAGAAAAUAGGACAGCGACCUUGCCUGGAAUCUCAGAGGGCCUUACUAAUGCUGAAUGGUGCUAAACAGAAACAAGUCGAAGGGCUGCCAGAGUUACCAGAGCUGAACCUUGCUAAAUGUUCCUCAUCAUUAAAAAGAUUGAAAAAGAAGUCAGAAGGAGAAUUGUCAUGUUCCAAGGAGAAUUGCCCCUCUUUAGUUACAAAGAUGAAUUUUCAUAAGACUAAUUUAAAAGGAGAAACAGCGCUCCAUAGAGCUUGCAUAAAUAACCAAGUGGAGAAAUUGAUUCGUCUUCUCUCUUUGCCAGGAAUAGACAUCAAUGUUAAAGACAAUGCUGGCUGGACGCCUUUGCAUGAAGCCUGUAACUAUGGCAACACAGUGUGUGUCCAGGAAAUUUUGCAACGCUGUCCAGAGGUAGAUCUGCUCACUCAAGUGGACGGGGUGACUCCUUUGCAUGAUGCACUGUCAAACGGACAUGUAGAAAUUGGCAAGCUGCUACUCCAGCAUGGGGGCCCAGUGCUUUUACAGCAGAGGAACUCUAAAGGGGAAUUGCCCUUGGAUUAUGUGGUAUCAUCUCAAAUAAAGGAAGAACUAUUUGCCAUUACAAAAAUAGAAGAUACAGUGGAGAACUUUCAUGCACAAGCAGAGAAACAUUUUUACCACCAGCAACUUGAAUUUGGCUCAUUUUUACUUAGCAGGAUGUUGCUAAAUUUUUGUUCAAUUUUCGAUUUAUCUUCAGAGUUUCUCUUAGCUUUCAAAGGGUUAACUCAUCUAAAUGAGCUGCUUAUGGCUUGUAAGAAUUAUAAGGAAACCACCAGUGCUCAUACUGACUGGUUAUUGGAUCUUUAUGCUAGAAAUAUAAAGACAUUGCAGAAGCUCCCAAAUAUCCUUAAGGAACUGCCUGAGAAUUUAAAAGUCUGUCCUGGAGUACAUACUGAGGCCUUAUUGGUGACUCUGGAAAUGAUGUGUCGGUCAGUCACAGAGUUUUCAUGAUGAUGCCAAAAAAUAUGAGUCAACUUUCUAAACCUGCCCAGCUUGCUUUGACAUUUAUUAUGGACGUCGUAGCUUAUUAACAAAAAUUAAUUUGAUUUAUUUAUUGACAGAAUAUGCAGCCUUGCUAAAUUUUAAAGACACUUAAAGAACUUCUGCAAAACUAUAGUAUAGACUUCUGUCUUUUUCCAGUGUAUAGAAUUUGGCUCAAAAGUAAAAAAUAGUUUUGUGUGGUGUACAUUGCUUUCACUAAUAUUUAGUAUUAUUUUUGCUCUGAAAGUGAUAUUAUUUAUCUAUUUAUAUUGUACAUGUAAAAAGUUUUAAUUUAAAUAUUUUUUCAAAUCAAAAUGUAAUGUUCUCUAUCCCAGAUGUUCCAGGUCUUAGAAUCAUGGCAAGGAUAUUCAUGCAAAUGUGUGUCUACAAACAUGUAGCUCCUUGUUUUUUCUCUGUAGGCUGUUGGACUAAAAUACUCAUUUUAUUUUUGUUUAGUGUUUCUAAAAUAAACAUUUCUAAAAUUUA